CACACUCUAAACCCCUCCUUUGCCUUUAUUUAUAGCUUCCUCUGCUCGUUGCCGAAUCAAAACAUUUCCAAAUACAGAGAGAAACAAAGUUUCUAGAGAGAGAAAAUGUCAUCUGUAAUGAAGUUUUCUUCUCAGGAAGGCGGUCAUGAAGAGGGCAACGAACGCCUAGAUCUCCUCCACGUAUCUGAUCCAACGGUCAAGAAUCUCUCACUUCCAUCCGACACUUUCCUGAAAGCUGCCAUCUCUCUCAAGAACCAGGGAGUACAAGUAACGUGGGAGGGAGGGUGUGAGGGACAUAGCAGUAAUUGCACGGACCCAACUGUAUACACGGGUUUGCUCGGGACAGCUUUCACCUGCUUGCGGUCGUACGAGGCUACCGGUAGUCACCAGGACCUGCUAGUGUGCGCCGAUAUCGUCGACACGUGUGCUUCCGUCGCACGUGCCUCCUCAAGGCAUGUGACUUUCCUGUGCGGUAGAGGAGGGGUUUACGCCCUUGGUGCCGUGGCUGCAAAUUACAUUGGGGACCAUGCAAAACGAGACUUGUUUUUGGAUCAUUUCCGCGAGGUGGCACAAGAGAGAGCCCUCCCAAUUGGACCCGAGGAAGGUGGUUUUGGAAUGUCAUAUGAUCUUCUUUAUGGGCGAGCUGGGUUUUUAUGGGCUGCUUUGUUCAUAAACGAGCACCUUGGGCCAGAUACAUUGCCGUCUGGCUUUCUUAUGCCAGUUGUUGAAGCCGUCUUAGCCGGGGGCAGAGCAGGGACAUCUGAUAACACGGCUUGCCCACUGAUGUAUAGAUGGCACGGGACGAGGUACUGGGGUGCAGCACAUGGUCUUGCAGGGAUUUUGCAUGUGUUACUUCAUUUCCCACUCUCCCCAGAGGAUUCUGAGGAUGUUAAGGGUACUUUGAGAUACAUGAUGAGUAAUAGGUUCCCUCAUAGUGGAAAUUACCCCUCGAGCGAAGGGAACCCAAGGGACAAGCUGGUGCAGUGGUCUCACGGGGCGACAGGCAUGGCAAUUACACUUUGCAAGGCGUCGCAGGUGUUUCCGACUGAUAGGGAAUUUCGCAAUGCUGCCAUAGAAGCAGGGGAAGUUGUGUGGAAGAGUGGGUUGGUAAAAAAGGUGGGACUCGCGGAUGGUGUUGCAGGCAAUGCUUACGCCUUCCUUUCCCUCUUUCGGCUAACAGGAGAGAGCAUAUACUUGGAUAGAGCCAAUGCAUUCGCGAGCUUCCUGUAUCACAAUGCAAGAAAGCUAGUGACCGUGGGACACUUGCGGGAGGCUGACCAAGACUAUUCCCUUUUCCAAGGCCUUGCCGGAACAGCUUGCCUCUGGUUCGAUCUGCUUGCACCAGAGCGCUCAAGGUUUCCCGGGUAUGAACUUUAGGCUCAGUCGAGUCGAGGGAGGUUGAGAGUGCUGGAGCCUUAGGUUGACAAUGAAAGAAAUUGUAGUAUGUCUCUAAAAUAGAAGAUAACUCGGACUUGUAUAUGACCAGAUGUAUGUUUUAAACAAAGCGCUGUAAAAUAUAUCAGAUGCAUUAUUAAUAUAUGAAUGUUCUGGCUAGGUUAUUGUGGCCAGUCAACAAAUUA